AUGGACGAAGAGGAAGAUGGCUUCGUCCUCGUGCCACGGCAUUUCGAAGAUGACAACUACCCAUCCUACCUGUCGGACAUUGAGCAGGUCGUCCUCCGCUUAGACGACCCCUCAUGGACUCUCAACUGCUACCUCCACGAUAAUCCCGAACUUGGCUUCGCCGAGCACAAGGCCCACGAUGCCUUGACCAAGUUCAUGGGUUCCCACGCUGGCUGGAAGAUCACCCCUUCGGCCUAUGGCAUGGACACGGCCUGGGUCGCCGAAUACGACACCCGCAGGCCUGGGCCUGUCAUCGCGUUCAACGCAGAAAUGGAUGCGCUCCCGAACCUUGGCCAUGCGUGCGGCCACAACCUCAUAGCCGUCGCUUCGGUGACAGCAGGCAUCGCGACGGCAGAGACUCUACAAAGGCACAAGAUUGGCGGCAAAGUUCUCGUUAUAGGGACACCAGCGGAAGAAGGAGGCGGCGGCGGCAAAAUCAAAUGCCUCGAGGCCGGGGCGUACGACAACGUUGACGUGGCCAUCAUCUCGCACCCGGGGAUCCUGAACAAUAGCCCCAUGGUGAGGACCACUGCGUACACACAUCUCGACGUGUCGUACCGCGGUCGCGCCGCUCAUGCCGCCAACAGCCCCUGGAGUGGCAUAAACGCGCUGGAUGCCCUCAUUGUGGCGUAUAAUGCUGUCUCGGUGCUUCGGCAACAGACGCAUCCCGACGACAUUAUUGGCCUACAGAUCACGGACGGCGGGAACAAGCCGAACGUGAUUCACGCGCACGCUGCUGGUGUUGCUGUUCUCCGAGCCACGAGCUCGCAUCGCUUGCAAGAGCUUCGGCGUAAGGUCAUAGCGUGUUUUCAAGCUGGUGCUGAGGCCACUGGCGCCCAGGUCCACAUUGAGGAGACGCCAGGGUACAAGGACCACGUCCCGAAUCGCGUGCUGGCAGCAUCCUACGCAAGAUACUGGAGAGCGAUGCCAGACGCCCCUGAUCCGCCGCUGCCGCCCCCUGGGCAGUAUACCUGGGUCAAGGCCAGCACAGACCAGGGGAACCUGAGCUACGCGCUGCCGAGUAUGAAUGUCAGCUUUGCCAUUCCCCCAGGCGAGAAGGGCGGACAGCCGCACAGUCCCGAUUUUGCAAAGGCGUCUCGCACCCGAGGCGCCUUUCAGCGAGCUAUGAGGGUUGCUAAGGCGAUGGCAGGGACCGCGAUGGAUGUAUGUGCGACGCCUGGACUGCUUGGGGAUGUGCAGGCGCAGUGGAGACGUGAUAUGGCUUCUAUGGCUGGUCAAGAGGAGUCUCCUGGGAACGCUGCGUCCAUGGCAUAG